AUGUCUGUCAAAUAUGACCCGGAGGCCACCCUUGUCGAUGCUACUUGGGUGGCUGUUUUGUUGAGCGAACGAGAUGUCGCGGGCCAGAUCCCUAUCAAUUUCGUGACGAAUCCGGCUGUGUCGCUGUCGGCUGCCUGCUUCGGUGAUGGCUUGUAUGAUCGAGAAGCCGCCGCGAAAUGUAUAUCCAACCUUCUUGCCGUCGGCUACCGGCGACUCGUGCUCGACCUGUAUUGGUCGGUGGAACGCAGGAAAUGGAGCUUCUGCCCCGUCUCUAUCCCGGCUAGGGCCGAUGUGACUGUCUCUUCUUUUACAUCCACUGCCACUGAAUCUUCUGAGACCUCGACCAUGACCACAGCCGAAACCACGACGGCCUCAGAUACGGCCCCGCCGGUCAUCACAGGGACUGAAGAUUCCCAUGGAGAUACGGUCUUUGCGCUUGGCAAAUACCGGUGCACCAGCAACCUUGACUUGGAAACUCUGGCCGAGGUGCUUGUCGGAUACUUCCAAGACACCACCAAUCAGCUGGUCGUAUACACGACCUACCUUGUCCUGAAUCUGCAUGUUGCCGCGAGUUCUUCUGCGCCAAACGAUCCAGUCCCUGCCAUCACAGGGGACAAGCUGCCCAAGACGCAGACAGAGCGUGCAGGCUCAUAUCUCGGCAUGACUCUGCGGGACUUUAUCUACAGCCCGGUUCAGCUUGCUAAGGACCGAAGCAACCUCAACGAAUCCUGGUAUAAGGUCAGCCAGAGCUACAUGCCCAUCACGGAGUAUUUUACAGUGCAUGAAAACAAGGCAGGUCAGCAGAGUACGCCGGACGGAUGGCCAUCAGCGAAAUACAUCCAGUUGGCGAAGCGUGACCGCGUUCUUAUUGAAUACGGCUCCGUCGACCCCCAGCUGGCAGAGUAUGAUCUGUCCGAGGAUGAAAAUGCAAUUUUCCCGCCGGGGUCUAUGACCUCGAAGGUAGAUAUCUCUGCGGCCUCGAAUGGCAGUUUGACAUCCGGCUGUCUUUACCGUCCUGGGGCGACGGACGUUUCCCAAGCAAACACGUCAUGGGCAGGUACCAGCCGCAUUCCCGUCAAGGACGGCUUGUCCACGGAUGAGACUAUGGGAUCUUUGGCUGAUUCUAUAUCCGGGAUCACCGCGUGUGGUCUGUCGCCAUUACUCAACAACACGCUUUUCGGCCAAACAGCUGACGCCAACGUCGCCCAUUACUGUAAUGUCUCUUUAUCGACAGCUUGGGCCUGGGCGAUUGGUGAGCCCCUUGGGGCAGAUGCCGGCGGUAACUCUGAUAAUCAACUCGCGCCCUACCGCUGUGCUAUCAUGGAUGUAUCUCUGAAUGGUCGCUGGCGCGCAGUCGACUGUACAAAUCAGCGACGUGGCGCCUGUCGCGUGGGCCACUCACCCUUCUCAUGGGAACUGUCUAGUUCUUCCGACUACUUCUCCAACGUCUCCAAGAGCUGUCCCGAUGGUUCUACCUUGGCUGUGCCACGAACCAGUCUGGAAAACACAUACCUCUACAAACACCUGCUCGACCAGUCACCGACUACAAUUGACCCCACCUCCACAAAUCCCGCUCUGCGCGAGAUUUACCUCGACCUCAACUCCAUCGACAUUGUCUCUUGUUGGGUCACUGGGGGCCCACGCGCCAGAUGUCCCUACGCAGCAGAUCCACAGCAGCUGCAACGCAAGACCGUGCUGAUUGCUACUAUUGCGGCGAUCGUGAUCUUUAUCAUCAGCGCUCUGACGCUGUUCGUCAAAUGCAAUGCGAACCGUCGCAACUCCCGACGGCGAAAGCGUGUCAUUCAGGGCUGGGAGUAUGAGGGCGUGCCCUCAUGA